AUGAAGUCUGAUGGCAAGGAUAUCAAAUCCAACACUGACAAAUUGUACAAGGUCUUCAGCAACCAGCACCACGCCUUUCCCAAGGCCUCCUCUGAUCAUGUACACGAUGUUGUAGUUCAUGAAGGUGGCUGGGAAACUUCUGGUUCCAUCAAGCUUUGGACAUACACUGUAGAUGGAAAUGUUGAGAUCUUCAAGGAAAAGAUGGAAAUAGAUGAAGCAAACAAGUGGGUAAAUUUUUCCGCUUUGGAGGGACCUGUGCUGGAGCAAUACAGAAGCUAUAAGAUCAGUUUUCAGGUCACUCCAAAAAGUGAAGGAGGAGGUCUGGUGAAAAUUACUAUACAUUAUGGUAAACUUAAUGACAACGAUCCACCUCCACAUAAGUAUCUUCGCUUUGCGAUCAAUGUUGUUCAUGAUAUGGAUGCCCUUCUUAAAGAAUAA